CCCAGUUUGGCGGGCUCAGGGACGCGGAAUUUUUAAUCCAACCCGCCGCCCUCGGGGACUUGGGUCGGUCCGCCGGGCUCAGCUCUGGCUUAAUUCAAUGGACUGUUUACACCCGGGAGAACCUAAAGCGGGAUGCGGGGAGGGGUAUCCCAGAGGAGACCAGGCAGGGAAGAAGAUUUCCACAGUCAGAAUUGCUUCUUAAGGCAAUUUUCUUAAAUUGCAAAGACUGCUGGUCCUUGUUUUUUCUGUUUUUAGGCGACAGUUUAGCUGAGAAGACGGGGAUGUUUUGCUUUUCUUUCCGGUUCCCCCUCUGAGCCACAGUCUAGUGGUUUCGUCUUUCCCGCUUUCCCCUCCCCUCCCCUGUUCAGUCAUCAGCGGCAGCUUCCGUCUUAAAGGGGCCGCGGCGGCCGGAGGAGGAGAAGGAGGAGGUCACAAUCCAAGGUCCCGCUCCUCCACGUCCCGGGGCCGGACGGAGGGAUGAGGCAGGGGGGACCCGGGCAGCGCCGUUGCUGCUCCCCCCGCCGCCCGCAGCCAUGGAAACGGGGGAGGAGGACGGCGCCCGCAGAGGUACACAAAGCCCCGAGCGGAAAAGGCGAAGCCCUGUGCCGCGGGCGCCCAGCGCGAAGCUGAGGCCGGCAGCGGCCCAGGCCAUGGAUCCGGUGGCAGCCGAGGCCCCGGGCGAGGCCUACCUGGCGCGGCGGCGGCCAGAGGGCGGCGGCGGGUCGGCGCGGCCGCGGUACAGCCUGUUGGCAGAGAUCGGGCGCGGCAGCUACGGCGUGGUUUACGAGGCAGUGGCCGGGCGCAGCGGGGCCCGGGUGGCGGUCAAGAAGAUCCGCUGCGACGCCCCCGAGAACGUGGAGCUGGCGCUGGCCGAAUUCUGGGCCCUGACCAGCCUCAAACGGCGCCACCAGAACGUCGUGCAGUUUGAGGAGUGCGUCCUGCAGCGCAACGGGCUAGCCCAGCGCAUGAGCCACGGCAACAAGAGCUCGCAGCUUUACCUGCGCCUGGUGGAGACCUCGCUCAAAGGAGAAAGGAUCCUGGGUUAUGCUGAGGAGCCCUGCUAUCUCUGGUUUGUCAUGGAGUUCUGUGAAGGUGGAGACCUGAAUCAGUACGUCCUGUCCCGGAGGCCGGACCCAGCUACCAACAAAAGCUUCAUGCUACAGCUCACGAGCGCCAUUGCCUUCCUGCACAAAAACCACAUCGUGCACAGGGACCUAAAGCCAGACAACAUCCUCAUCACGGAGCGGUCUGGCACCCCCAUCCUCAAGGUGGCAGACUUUGGACUAAGCAAGGUCUGUGCUGGGUUAGCCCCCCGAGGAAAAGAGGGCCAUCAAGACCACAAAAAUGUGAAUGUGAAUAAAUACUGGCUGUCCUCAGCCUGCGGCUCCGACUUCUACAUGGCCCCCGAAGUCUGGGAGGGACACUACACAGCCAAGGCCGACAUCUUUGCCCUGGGCAUUAUCAUCUGGGCAAUGAUAGAAAGAAUCACUUUUAUUGACUCUGAGACCAAGAAGGAGCUCCUGGGGACCUAUAUCAAACAGGGGACCGAAAUCGUCCCUGUUGGCGAGGCGCUGCUAGAAAACCCAAAGAUGGAGUUGCACAUCCCCCAGAAACGCAGGACUUCCAUGUCUGAGGGGAUCAAGCAGCUCUUGAAAGAUAUGUUAGCUGCUAACCCACAGGACCGGCCCGAUGCCUUUGAACUUGAAACCAGAAUGGACCAGGUCACAUGUGCUGCUUAAAAUUCAGGGCAAAGCAUCUUGAGUGUUUUGAAACUAGGUUGAUCCUCGGGACCCACAGUCUCAUCACGUCUCACACAGAGCACGGCGAGCAUGCAGGUGGUGGCUUGGUCGGUUGGCGAUCUCCCAACAGCUGGAUCUCCGACAAUGUGAAGCUUUUGUUUGGGAUUUCCCCCCUCCUUUUAGUUUCGCUUCUUUUUUUUUUUUUUUUUUUUUUUAAUCUUCUUUCAUUUUUUGUCCUUUUUUUUUCUUUUUUCUUUGUUUCUUUUUUUUUUUUUUUUUUUUAAUUUAAACGAUUAAGACUUCAGAAGAGCAAGAAACUAAUGCUGUGGAGAAACGACACGGACAAAGCAUAUGUGUAAAUUUCAUUUUUAAUUUUUAUAAGGGGUUAGGGAGCUAUUUUGUUUUGUUCCUUUAUUUUCCCUCUGUCUUCUUGGUUUUACCCAUCCCCCGGUUCUGCUUCCAACACCUCACUUCCUCAGAGCGGGGCGGGGGGUCGGUCCCACCACGGGGGCGUGAAGACAGGAGGCAGCCUGCGGGCUGUCCUUCCGUGUCCCCCACCAGACGCGGGCACUGCCGUGCUGCUCCUCGCUCGCCCUCGGGCCUUAGAAAUGAUCAGAGGCGAAGAACCACCUGGAAGAGGAAGACAGGGUUUGGCCAGGAGAACUCAAGAAAGUCCAAACUGCGGGUUUGUUCUCUUUCGGCUUCUGGAAACUCUGGGCCACGCAGGACACGCAGUGGUGGGAGUCUGCGGGUGGCGGGGGCAGGCGGGGGGAUCGAGGUGACUUCCCCCCCCCCCCUCCCCCAGCUUCCUAGUGGUUGAGUGUCAGCCCCGCCCAGCUCGACAAGCCUACCUUUCUGUUAUCGGGUCUCCCUCCCUGAGGAAGACCCCCCCACCCCGCCCCGCCCCAGGAAAAAACUAUUGUGCCAAACCUCUACCUGGGACACGGCCAGGUCUUCCGCAGGCAGCUGUCACUCCUGUGAGGUCAGCGCCCGUCACCUCCUGCCUCCUGGAUCGUCCCCUUCCCACAUGUGCCCGCCAAACGUCCCCGUUGUCACAGAGACUGCCUGAGUCCCUGAGAUCCCGUUGUGACCAUUGCCAUAAGAACAGGGUGUCCUGAACUGCCUGCCACUGUCCUCGCCCCGUGAAGGGUGUGCCCCGCGUGUGGGCCUGUGGUCUCAUGGCUGGAGACAGGGUUGGGUGCCGUCUUCCUCACCCCUAGGGACUUACUGUUAGGUGUCCCCGCUCAGCGUAAGCGUGUCUGGUGAGGAAAGAAGGGACCUGCGGAGAGCAGAGAAGGGGACGGGGUAGACCCCCUGCAGCUGUCAGGUGCCCGUUUGUGACCUGCCACCUUAAAGCUUCCCCAGCGCCACCCCGUGGACCUCACCACCAGUGUCUGCUCGGGCUGUGGUCUGUCUGGCCGUCCGUGCCCUCUGGCAGUGCUCUCGCAGCUCCCUCCUCUCGGGCUUCUGAACCCUGGCAGGGGCACGGGGACUGGCCUUGUGUGGUCCCUGUCACCCAGAAGCUGCUGGGGCUGCUUCAGAGGCUUUUCACCCCCUAACGGCCAAGCAGGAAAGGGUGUUGGGGGAAGGGGAAAGGAAUUGUCUCACGUUUGUUUUCUGUUCUCUCUAAACCAGCAUAGGAUCGAUAGGGGGAGGUAGUUGGAGGGCAUUCGGGUUGGUGUGUGACCAAGGUGGGGGUCCCCCCCCCCCCGACCCCAAAGCAGCCGUCCUUUGGCCCCGGGAGUUUGGGAGAGACCCACACGACGCCACCCCCCAGACUGCAACCCCGCAACACACAUUUCGUACUGCUCCCCACGGGCCCCCCACCCCGAGCAGGUGGUUGGCAGCUGGGAGCAGGGCUGCAGGUGCGAGCCGGGCCCUUCCCUUCCUGGUGAGACCCGUUGUGCCCACCUGCCUCCUGUCUCCUCUCAGGCGCCUCGGGGUUGGGCAGCGCAGUGUCCCUAAUUACAGCACACUCCCCUUCUCUGCCUGUCGCCCGGCCCCCACUUCCCCUCAGGGGGCUGCUGUCUCUGUAUGUGAACGGAUGGGAAAAACAGUCCCCGAACUCGACCCCAGCCCUCCCUGCCUGCGGCCCCUGCCCUCAAGUCCCUGGUGAAGGCUCAGGCCUAACAAGGUAUUUACCUUUUGCUCGACUUUUCCCCCUCUCUCCCCAGGUCCCUUCCCUCCAUCUGGGCGAGGUCUUGGAGCUGCCGCGGUCCCCCUUUGUUACUUCUCUUGGCAUCAGAGUAGCCCCUGUAGGUCCCAGGGUGUCUGUGCCCUUGGACAAGGCGGGUGGCCUGGUAGGGAUAGCCGGCUUCUGCGUGCCCUUCCCUCGCAGAGCUCAGCUGAUCCUUGCUUGGUGGCGGGGCCUCCUUCCCUGGCUCGGGAUGGCCCGCUCGUUAGCCCCAAGUGCCUGCCUCUCCACCCCGAAGAGAGCGCCGGCUCUGCCCGCGGCCAGUGGACCAGCUUAGGGUUGGACCCGAGGAGCCCCAUCCUCUUCCUCGGCCACCUUCCCCCUCUUCCCCCCGCCCCCGCCCACCAGCUUCCUGCCUUUUCAUCCUCUCCACCUGCGCAGCAGCUCAGGGGCACCUCAUUCUCCAUGCCACCGCCUUCGGAAGGCCCGUCCAAGUUCUAGGAGUUUCCAGACCUUAAAAUAGCAGUCGUCCUCUUCUUGGAUCUGUGAAAAGGUUAGCCCGGAGGACGGAGCUUCUGGGCCUGAGCCCUGUGGGUGUGGGGCUCAGUUCCCCCCUCGGCUCGAGGACUCAGCAAGACAGAUCAUAGUGCCUUAUUCCACUGCCCUCCCUUGACCAGACCUGCUGGCUCCGCCUGAAGCCCGCGGCAUCCCUCUCCCUGUCCGUGUCCGUGUCGUGCCCGUCUGUCACACUCUCAUCCCUGCCCACAGAGAGCCACGAAGGAAGAGUCCCCCUGCCCCCUCGCCCCAUCCCACCCCGAGGGUUGCGGCCAGGCAUAGGGUGUUCGGCAUAGGGUGUCCUUUAGCUGAGGACAAAAGAACCACCGACUGGACUCUGGCUCUCACCCCCCCCAGCAGGUCCCCUCCCUCUUACCUCUAGCCAGGAGGAUGCCGCCAUCUGUUCGCUCAAGACCGGCUCCGCCUGACCCCUUUCUGGGCACCGGGGACUGAGGACCAGGCCUUAGCCUCCUCUCUUCCCAGAGGCAUCAGGACGGGAGGGUGGGAAUUCUUUCCUCCCACCUGGACGUGGCUUGCCCCCGACGGCUGCCCUUCCGAGGAAGUGUGUUCAAUGUUUACUUGAGAAAUACCCUGUUUACAGCUGGAGGAGAAACGUGCCCAACGCUGGCGGAGAUCUGCCUCCCGACGGGGCCUGGCCUCCUUUACGGCACUGCCAGGGGUGGUCCCAGAGCAAAUGAGGGCAGAGACGGCCGGGCGCGCACCCUGACCC